GAAUGACUCGUGAAGCGUCGUCGAGAUUCGGCUUCACGACGCGGCACGGUUAGCUCCGGAUUGCGCCGCGCUGUGAGGUGUUAUCGCGACUAGUCAAGAAAGAGGGGGAGGAUAGAGAAAGAGAAAAAGAGAGAGAGAGAGAGGUUUGACACAAUCCUCCCCUACGUGCUUGGUACAUUGCGUGGUGUCGUGUGUUGCAAACCGCUGACAUUGAAAGUAUUCCGCGAUAAGUGGUGCCGCCGUUGCCAUUGUCGUCGUCGUCGUCGUCGUCGUCACCGUCACUGUCGCCGCCGCCGUCGUUGUCGUGCGACAGUUUGCCCGAUGCUGAAAUGAAGCAGAAGCGCGUCAUGUAUGGCGACGCGCGGAAACUGUGCGAGAGACAAACGCAAUCGGCCCCGUACGGGCCCUGCCUUACGUCGGACUAAUGAUCAAUGGCUUUAUUCGAGAAGAGAUACACGAAUAAAGUGCUGUUAGAUGAUACGGAGCAGUUGACGAGCGUCAUCGAAAAUGCUAGGACCAUCGACGGACAUACGGAAUACGUAAUCAAAAUACAAAGAGGUCCACUUCCCGAAAGAUCUUGGAGAGUAAGCAGACGUUACAAUGACUUCGUACAGCUCAAUACAGCUUUAUCCAUAUCUGGCUUCGACCUGCCACUACCACCAAAAAGAAUUAUUGGUAACAUGGAGCCAGACUUUAUAGCUCAGCGACAAAUAGCAUUGCAGAAUUAUCUAAAUAUAAUACUAAUGAAUCCUAUACUGGCAUCUUCGCUUUCCACAAAGAAGUUUUUAGACCCUGAGAAUUAUACUGCACCAUUACAUGAAAUCGCACUACAACAAGUGUCAUUAGCAUUACGAAGCGAUGCCAAUUUUGAAGUAUGCAAGCCUAUUCCUGAUAUGGGAUGGCGAUUGAGGAAACAUUACUAUACGGUGAAAAAUCGCCAGAACCCAAAACAAGAACUUCUACUUGCUUGGGUCGAGUUUGGCCCUGAUAAGCAUUUACAAGAUAAAGAUAUACAAGGGGUUUUCAAGACCUUAGGCUCUCUACGACACACUUACAUCGAACCAAUAGUACACCAGCAUGUUACAGACAACGGGGCACUAAUGAUAAGAAAUUUUUAUUCGGCGGGCACAUUACGUGACGUUUUAUGUAUUACCAAGCCUAAACAGCCAUUUAUAAAGAAAUAUGGAAAUCCGAAACAAAUAAAAGCAUUAACAAUACAAGAAAUUGCCACGUACGGUUAUCAGAUAUUAGAAGCUCUAGGCUUUCUUCAUGAAAAAGGAUUACCUUAUGGACAUUUACACACUGGCAAUGUCCUUUUAACAUCAAGAUGUGCUAAAUUAUUGGAUAUAGAAAAUGGACUCCUAGGAUUGCCGGCAUUUUAUCGGCCUUAUGUGGUGCAAAGACGCAAAUUGCACGCCACGACUCAGGUUGAUGUAUAUUCAUUUGGACACGUUUUAUACGAAAUGACGUUCGGACGACCGCUUUUGGAGGCAACGUGUUCCGAUUUACCGCAAUGCGAAGCGAAUCUAAAAAAUUUACUGGAGGUCAUUUUGUCACCAGAAGCUUUGAAACAGGAUUUACCAACAGUAGUACGACUAUUGGAACAUCCAUUCUUCGAAUCGGCGAGGCGCGCUGCGUUGGCAAUUGGUACUGUGGAGAAGCCAUACUUUAAAUUGAGCAAUCAUUUAAAAGAGGCUUUACAAGAAGCUGUAAACAAAGCCGAACAACGACUGCGCGAUGAACAGAAAGUUGCUCGACAUCAAAAGAGGCUCGUUAAGGUUCAAGAAAUGAUGAGUUCAGAAGAAGAAAUGAAGAAACGAAAGCAUAAGCUGAAAAAGGAGCAGAGAUUGGCGCAAGAACAACGUUUUUCUUCACAACUAGGUACAAACGGGACAAAACAAAUAAAUGGUAAGAGCCCAGAACGUUCGGACAGUCCCACAAGUACUUCCACGGCUACCAGCGUUGGAACGUUGACUCCUCCAUCGCUUCGUUCUGUGGAAGUUACGCAAGCAAGUGCAGUUCCUGGCAAAAGUAUUCCACCACCACCACCACCACCACCAUCACCACCACCACCACUACCACCACCACCACCACCUUCGUUACCACCGCCAUGUGAAGCAUCCGGUGGUGCAUCGAAUAGUGUAUCCAAAUCAUCAAAUGAUCGUGCUGCUUUACUUGGAAGUAUUUGCAAUUUUGACAAGACAAGACUGCGAAGGAUCACAAAUGGACAUCGUUAGAAACAUUAGAUAUAUAAAAAAAAAGUCAGGCAAAUCUAUUUGAAAUCUGGCGUGAUUGCUGUGCAAUGUCGAACAAAGAACUUCCCUUGCUUAAUUAGGACAAGAUAACGUACCUGUAGAUUAUUAUGAUGGAUUGAAAGGUUGUUUGGAUGAUAACUGUAUCGUGCUUCUUGCGACACCUAAUAGUACUGAAUAUUAUUUCUCUUCGAUCGCGACACUUGCACACAUUUUAUGAAUUUUUAAAAUUUCGAUAUCUUAUUUAUUGAUGCUCGCUACAUAAACAAGAUUUUAGCUUAAAGUAAUUAUAUUAAGAGUAUACUAUAUUAAAUUUGUGAUAUAUAUAUAUGUAUAUGAUCGAUAUUAGAUUAUCCCGUUUGGCCUAUUCUACGUUUUGACGAAAUAUAAUACAACGCUUAUUUCGUUUGUAUUAGAUCUGCCGUCCAAGAACGAGCCUAAAUGUACAGAACAACCAAUCAAAAUAUUAAUUGCUUUGGAAAAUUUGCCAUUUUUACGAGUCAUUUCAUAUCAUAUUCUUUCCAUAUGUAUACACGCUAGAGAUAGAGUGAGUGAUUAAAAAAAAUUUAUAUAAUAUAAUAACAGUAUAUAAUUGUAUAUUAUCUAAUUUACGGAAUAUGCGUACAGUAAUUAUGCUGGGAGCAAUUUGAAAUAUUUUUAGAUUUAUUUUGAUUGACAUUUUUAUGACUGCUCGACUGUAAAUCAAGAAUAUAUAUUCGCGAUAUAAUUAUUCGAGAAAUUCCAUUUUCUAGUCUAACAUAUCCCCGUUAUACAGUUGAUAGCAUCAUCAAAUUUUAUAACAUAUCUUGUUUAAUGCGGGCCAAGUUUCGCGAUCGAUUUUAUAUUGUUAAUGAGGCUUAUUUUUCUCUUUCUAUG